AUGAAGCUUACCUGUGUCCUCAGAGGGCCCUGGGCUGCUUUCCCCUGUGUCCCUCGGCGCCCCUGUUCCUGCCCCGGUCCCGUCGGCGCCCUGGCGUUCCCUGCCCCCGUGUCCUGGCCGGGCGCCCCUGACGCUCCUGCCCCCGUGUCCCGUCGGCCUGGCGUUCCCUGCCCCCGUGUCCCGUCGGCGCCUGGCCGCCUGCCCCCGUGUCCCGUCGGGCGCCUGGCGUUCCCUGCCCCGUGUCCCGUCGGCGCCCUGGCGCUCCUGCCCCCCGUGUCCCGUCGGCGCCCUGGCCGUUCCCUGCCCCCCGUGUCCCGUCGGCGCCCCCUGGACGCUCCCUCCCCCCGUGUCCCGUCGGCGCCCUGGCCCCCCUCCCCGUGUCCCGUCGGCGCCCCCUGGCCGCUCCUGCCCCGUGUCCCGUCGGCGCCCUGGCCGUUCCCUGCCCUCCGUGUCCCGUCGGCGCCCCCUGGACGCUCCCUGCCCCCUGUGUCCCGUCGGCGCCCCCUGGCCGUUCCCUGCCCCCCGUGUCCCGUCGGCGCCCUGGCCGUUCCCUGCCCCCCGUGUCCCGUCGGCGCCCUGGCCGCUCCCUGCCCCCCGUGUCCCGUCGGCGCCCUGGCGUUCCUCCCCGUGUCCCGUCGGCGCCUUGGCCGUUCCCUCCCCCCGUGUCCCGUCGGCGCCCCCUGGCCGUUCCCUGCCCCCCGUGUCCCGUCGGCGCCCUGGCCGUUCCCUGCCCCCCGUGUCCCGUCGGCGCCCCCUGGACGCUCCCUCCCCCCGUGUCCCGUCGGCGCCCUGGCCGUUCCCUGCCCCCCGUGUCCCGUCGGCGCCCCCUGGCCGUUCCUGCCCCCGUGUCCCGUCGGCCCUGGCGUCCCUGCCCCGUGUCCCGUCGGCGCCCUGGCGUUCCCUGCCCCGUGUCCCGGCCGGGCCCCUGGCCGCUCCCUGCCCCCCGUGUCCCGUCGGCGCCCUGGCCGUUCCCUGCCCCCUGGCGUUCCCUGCCCCCGUGUCCCGUCGGGCGCCUGGCGUUCCCUGCCCCCGUGUCCCGUCGGGCCCUGGCGCUCCCUGCCCCCCGUGUCCCGUCGGCGCCCCCUGGACGCUCCCUGCCCCCUGUGUCCCGUCCGGCGCCUGGCCGCUCCCUGCCCCCCGUGUCCCGUCGGUGCUCCCUGGCCGCUCCCUGCCCCCAGUGUCCCGUCGGUGCUCCCUGGACGCUCCCUGCCCCCCGUGUCCCGUCGGUGCUCCCUGGACGCUCCCUGCCCCCCGUGUCCCGUCGGUGCUCCCUGGCCGCUCCCUGCCCCCCGUGUCCCGUCGGUGCUCCCUGGCCGCUCCCUGCCCCCAGUGUCCCGUCGGUGCUCCCUGGCCGCUCCCUGCCCCCAGUGUCCCGUCGGUGCUCCCUGGCCGCUCCCUGCCCCCAGUGUCCCGUCGGUGCUCCCUGGCCGCUCCCUGCCCCCCGUGUCCCGUCGGUGCUCCCUGGCCGCUCCCUGCCCCCAGUGUCCCGUCGGUGCUCCCUGGCCGCCCUGCCCCCGUGUCCCGUCGGUGCUCCCUGGCCGCUCCCUGCCCCCAGUGUCCCGUCGGUGCUCCCUGGACGCUCCCUGCCGCCCGUGUCCCAUCGGCGCCACGGCUGCUCAGCUACCUACCUCCCUACCUCCCUACCGGCGCUUAUCAGCGAUUUACCUGCCUGAAGUAAAUGCUUUUUUUAUCUGA